AUGACCAUCGCUCAGGAAGAGAUUUUCGGUCCAGUGAUGAGUAUCUUACGGUUUGAUACCAUGGAGGACCUUGUACACAUAGCAAACAAUACAGUUUAUGGUUUGGCAGCUGCUGUGAUGACAAAAGAUCUCGAUAAGGCACUUCAUGUUGCCAACAGCAUCAGGGCAGGAACAGUUUGGGUGAACUGCUUUGAUGUGUUUGAUGCAGCUGCUCCGUUUGGUGGAUACAAUCAAUCAGGUAUUGGACGUGAACUUGGCGAGUAUGCUCUCGAGGCUUACACGGAAGUGAAGACAGUAACGAUCAAAGUCCCUCAGAAGAAUUCAUAG